AUGAUUUUAGACAGAUGUACUCGUUUAAAAAAAGAAAAUAAUGAAUAUCGUCAACAAUUAUCAUUAAAUCAUUCAAAUGAUCAACAGCAACAACAAAUUGAAUUAUUACGUCAAAUAAUUUUUCUGCACGAGGUGGAAUUGCUAGAUAGUGAUAGUGGUUUACGCACAUCAGGUUCUCGACGAAAUUCAGGUCGAAAACGAACAAGUAAAUUUAAUCAAUGUGAAUCAAAAGAUUCUACUGAUUCUGAUAUUGAAGGUGUAUCAUCUCCACCUGUUCUACGUAAUAGAGCAUAA